AAGGAACCUGUCGGGAGGAGCUCAGCAGUGCAAGAGGGGCAGAACCCCGAAGUUGGACAGAGGACUCAGCCAGCUGGAGAGGCGCUUCUCAGCAUCCAGAGCCCCAGCUAUGUUCAACUACCUAGCGGCAGAGGUGAGAGCCCAGGUGCACCGCAGCUAUGGGGGCCAGCCAGGGGCGUCGGGGCCGCUGCGCAGCCGGCUGGAGCAGCUGAGGAAGCCCUGGUGGAGGGAGCCCAGCCCGCUGGUGCUGCAGCACAGCGAGACAGCCAGGCUGGCCGUCGACGCCUUCCUGGAGCAGGGGGAGCCUGGCUACCUGAGCGCCAUCGCCGAGGAGCGGGAGCUGCCCUUCCUUUCUCUCCUGGACAUGGAAUAUAUGAGCCAGCAGAGGAGCCAAAGCCUCCUGGAUCCCAGCGCAGCCAAAGAGGCUGACCCUGGGGAUGCAGACGCCGGGGACAGGUCCUCCCUCGACUCCGAACUGACCUCUGGCACCUACUUUCCUCUCAUGUCGGACGUGCACCCUCCAGAGCUGGAGCUGGGGUGGCCAGGGACACCUCUCUUCACGGUGUCAGGGCAGACCCAGGCCACUGUGAUCUUCCAGAGGAACAGAGCCAACAGCAUCAAGGAUCUGCUGCGGGCGCUGCUCAGCCGGGCGCGCACGGUGAUAGCAAUUGUGAUGGAUCUGUUUACAGACAUGGAGAUCCUGUGUGACCUGCUGGAGGCCUCCAGCAGAAGGCAUGUCCCAGUGUACCUCAUCCUGGAUGAAGAGUACCUGAAGCACUUUGUGGAGAUGUGCAAUAAAAUGGCUCUCACUCAGGAUGACUUCCCAAACAUGUGUGUGAGAUGCCUGAGUGGAGACACCUACUACAGCAAAGCAGGCAAGAAGUUUGCAGGCCAGGUGCUGGAGAAGUUCAUCCUCAUUGAUUGUGACCAAGUUCUUGCUGGGACAUACAGUUUAACCUGGCUGUGCAGCCAGGUCCACACCAGCCUGGUGACUCACUUCCGCGGGCAGAUCGUUGCAGAGUUUGAGAAGGAAUUCCGCUACUUGUACGCAGAGUCCAAAGCAGUCACCAGCUUCUGUCUGCCAGACCCUGACCCAUGCCCCUCUUCUCACAACACCUCAAAAGUCACCAACUGCCUCUUAAAACCUCCACUGGUGAAUGAUGCUGAAACCUCCAGCCCCUCCAGCAGCCUUUCCAACGUGAGCAACAGAAGCAUCAAAGUGUCUCCCUUUCUGAAGAGCUCCAGCUGCAGUGCACAGCAGGAAAAGCAAGAUUCAGCCUCUGACUCUGGCAAUAAGAAGGGGAAGGAAGAGACACCCCUGAAGCACAUUUGCCCUAAGCAGCAAGGAGAACCACCAGACUCACCCAGCACUCACCCAAAUAAAUCUGCUGCAGCCCUGUACCACAAACCAAAUCUCAUGGCAGUGAGGACGUUCUUGCAGCCAGAGACUUCUCCUGCCCUCAGCUCCAAUAAACUUGGUUCUCAAGGUGCCAAUGUGGCUAACAGCAGCCACUCCUCCCCACCAAGACCAGAGCAGACACCACAGUUCCCUUCGGAGGGUCCCAGCAGCAAUGGGACAAGCACGAGGCAGAAGGGGGCCCCUGCUGCCUCCAGGGAACUCCCAGCAGAAAACGACCACACUUUUAAUGAGAUGGAAAAAAGGCAGAGCCCUGGGCAAGGCAGAGUGGACCUGUUGUCCCCAUACAGCCUGCUGAAGCGAGACAGGAAGCCUGUAGUGCUCUGCUACGAUCAGCUCACCGAGGACACGCUGAUGGAGAAGAACAGCGCCUAUGGGGCUGAGAAAAGAAUGACCCUGGGGCACAGUAAGCUGGACCUGAUCACCAAGUACAACAAGCUAAAAUCUAAGCACAUCCACAGUCGCUUUGAGCUCUGA